AUGUCCGACGGUGGAACCAUCAACAACUCCCUCUGGGGAAACCUUCCACUGGAGAUGGUCGCCCAUGUACUCUCUCUCCUACCCAUAAAGUCUCAAUGCAAAUUCAAGUGCGUUUCUCCCUCAUGGAAUUCCCUAAUAUCCUCACCCAAUUUCGCCAAAACCAACAAACCUUCAAAAACCAUUCUCAUUUCCAACUCUCAAGGUCUCUACUCCGUUGAUUUUGCCGCCCCGAAUCUGACCGCAGAAAAGUUAGAUUUUCCUUCAGCUGAAGGAAAGUUGACGUAUGGUUGUGGCUCUUGCAAUGGCUUGGUUCUAGUUUGUGUUGAAGAUGUUGAUUCCAAUUCCAACUUCUUGUUGCUGAAUCCAUUCACUAGAGAAUGUAAGAAACUGCCCCAAUCCCCCUUUUAUGACACCUCUUCGUCUGCCCGAAUCAAACUCAUUACAACCAGAACCCACACUAUUCUACCUGGGUUGGGUUAUGACUCAUCUACGGAUGAUUACAAGGUUGCGAUGCUCCUUUACACUUGUAUGCCUGAAUCUGAAUAUGAUCAUGCUGGUAAUGUUUCUGAGGUGAUUGUCUAUUCACUAAAAACUGAUUCUUGGAGGAGAAUACAAGAUUGCCAUUAUGAUCCCGUGGAACCUCAAUGUGGGAUUCAUUUUCUUAAUAUCCCCCUCACGUGCAGCCGCGUUUAUGGUCUAUUACGUGUGGCCACUUUUUGGGUCCUAUCAUCGUGCAGCCUUUUCGCUGAACCUCUUCUUGGGUUUCUCUUUAAUGAGCGUCUCCAUUGGCUAAGUGAGAAAACUGGUGAUUUGGAUGGUUCUAUGGUUGUUGCCGCUUUCAAUUUCCCAAAUGAGAAUUUCACAGAAGUGCACCUGCCUGAUACAUUUGAUACUAUUUAUGAAGUUGAGUAUCACCACAUGGUGAUUCUUGGGGGUUGUCUCUGUUUGGUUACUUGGCCAAGAUUUGGUGACGAAAUGGAAGUUUGGAUGAUGACGAAGUAUGCGGUACGAGAGUCGUGGAUCAAAUUUACAAUUCUAAAUCACAGCCGGAUGUCUCUAGGGAACGUGUUGCAUUUGUCAGCAGAAGGCGAAUUUGUAUUGAGAAGAUAUGGAGAAAUUGACGGUACGAAACUAGUUGCGUACAAUCUGAAAAAGGAAACACUGACAGACUUGGUGGUUGGUGGCAUUCCAAUUAGAUUUAAUCAUGGGGACAACUACAUUGAGACUCUUGUCUCUCCUAAUCAUGGAGGCCGGAUUAGGAGGCAAUGUGAAGCUUCUUCAGGUGAUCAUGUUCAAAGAUUUAUCUGUUACUUGAAUAUUAGAAAUGUACAAUGA